AUGGCACUGGCGCUUCCGCUGCUGCUGCGGCUGCUGCCCCCGUGGCUAAGGAGGGAAAGGGCCCUAGGGGGCCCCCCGGGGGCCCCUCUGGGUACUGGAGAAGUCUCAGCCUUGUCUAGUGCGCAGCAGCAAGCCUUGCAGCUCAGCAGCAUGCUGCAGCUAGAGGGGUUAUCCCCUGCUGCUGCUGCUGUUGCUGACGGGGAGAACCACAUCGGGCUGCUGAUGCAGCUUUUUAGCUGCUGCUGCAACUUCUGGCUGCAGCAAAUCCACGACCUCACUGACGGCAGCGGCAACCGGAGUGCGUCCAUCUUGAACGCCAAGGGAGAGGGCAGCGACCUGCAGCAGCAGCAGCAAAACGAAAACACAGUGCAGCAGCUGCAGCUGCUGCAGCAGUGCUGCUGCAUUCUCCAUUUGCUGCUGUUUGGGGACACUGACGGCUGGGGCGAAUCUGAGAAACCCGCCGGGGACGCAGCAAAGGUGGGGCCCCUUUUGGAGCCCCUUGUAAUGCAGCUGGCAGCAGCAAACGAGUGGAAGAGGCAGCAGCAGCAGCAGCAGCAGCCGCAACAGUCCCAGCUGCAGCAGCCUCCUGUAACUUCUGGAGUCGUUUGUGUCUCACGUUUUGCCUUCGCUGCUGGACCUGCUGGACUACGAGGGGCCACCCUCAGUGCAGCAAGCAGCAGCAGAAGCAGCAGCAUGUCUUGUGUCUCUGUUGUGCCGUUUGCUGGCGGCCCCCUUGGGGGCCCUUGUGGGCCCCAAGGCUUUGGGGGCCCUUGA